GAGUGAAAAGAUUGUCAGUUGCCGAGUUAAAUGAACUGCUAGAAGAAAUUGAGACUGCUAUUAAAGAUUAUUCUGAGGAACUGGUACAGCAGUUGGCUCUACGAGAUGAGUUGGAGUUUGAGAAGGAAGUGAAAAACAGCUUCAUUUCUGUCCUCAUCGAAGUACAAAACAAACAGAGAGAACACAAAGAAACAGCGAAGAAGAAAAAGAAGCUGAAAAAUGGUAGUCCUCAGAAUGGCAAACAAGAAAGAGGUCAUAUGCCUGGAACACGCUUCAGCAUGGAAGGGAUCUCAAAUGUCAUACAGAAUGGCUUCCGCCACACGUUUGGAAACUCAGGUGGAGAGAAACAGUACUUAACAACCGUCAUUCCUUACGAGAAGAAAAAUGGACCCCCAUCUGUUGAAGAUCUUCAAACGUUAACCAAAAUCCUGCAUGCCAUGAAAGAGGAUAGUGAGAAAGUGCCAAGCUUGUUAACAGACUAUAUUUUAAAGGUUCUGUGUCCUACAUGAAGAGGACUGCUUUUCAGAAUAACCAUGCUCCUUCCUAUGAAGAGAACCUUUCCAUGGAUAUAACUCAGUAUUUUUUCAUUUGGCACUAUACCUAAACCAGUAUGCGUUUAGCUCCUCUGUAUGUGCAUGGAUUUUCUGAUCCUACAGUAAGUCUUCUGGGCAUGACAACUCAUCCGUUUUAACUUAAUAGUGCAAUGAACUGGAGCAGGGAACAAACAUUGUACAGUUUUACUCACAUUGUUCUGGCUUUUUAAAGUCUAUUUUUACAUUGUAUAGCAUGUAGUAAAUCCUCCUGCACAUUUUGUUGUUGGAUGGAGGAAUAAACUUUGAAUAGUGUAAAUAAAAUAAGCCUAGUUUUACGGAGUCC